AUUAGGAUACAAAAUGGUUUUUAAAGUAUUGUUCGCGAAGACUAAUACAUUUUUGUCAUACAUCAUUUUUUAAUAACCCCAAAGUCCUAUGUAAUUUUUCUCAUCAAGCGAUUACAUUCGCGCACCCCUCGGCAUGUUUUGUUUUUAUCUUCUCUCUGUAUUUGACAGUUCGUACCUUUCGCGAUACAUUUUUUUAUGAGUUUCAGUUUUUGAAUACCAGAAACAACUAAAUCAGUACAGUAAUACUAAACAGAAAACAUGUCCGGUCCCGGAGACGGAUGUUUAACCUGCUUCAAGCGAGCGGACACGGAUUUUUUAGACGUACAAAGCGAGAAAAACAAAUCUGUUACAGUGACCCUGAGCAAACACUUUUGGUUUACGGAAGAGAACUUCCCGGGGGCGAUAAUAUGCACACCUUGCUGGGAAAAGGUGGAAAACUUUAACCGCUUUUACACGUCUGUCGAGGAACUGUACGACCGCCACAUUGUGCAACCGAUGCCAGUGACCGUCAAAAUCGAACCGGAAAUGGAGAUUGAAUACCUGGCAGAAGACCUACAGCAAGAGGACACGUUACCCACACACAAGUCCGACAUGAAAAAUGAGGCGGGUAAUCCGCGGUUGAACAAUGUUGGCGAUGUCGCAUCGGAUGUAGAUCUAACCGAUUGCGAAUCGGACGAUUGGAACCAAUCGGGUUCCGAUGAAUCUUCCGAAAUGGAGGAAACUGCUCCGCCAAAACGAGCCAAGCGUCCGGUUAAACGGAAAAACGUAAACACAUCGAAGACGGAAGCAAAACCGAAAAAAGUUUACGCCAAACACAAGCCUAAAACUGCCGAGGACCGUCUCAAAGAGGAUGAACUGAUUCGGCAGCACGUCGCUUGUACCUGUGACGAAUGUGGUUUAACGAGUGAGACGUUUACCAGCUUUCUAAAGCACUCACUUGAGGUGCACGGCAAAAAGUCAGCAUUUGUGCUGUGCUGUGGCAGGAAGUACUACAAGAAGAUUCUCCUCUUCCAGCAUGCUCAGACCGUGUUUUUCCCGGAGACUUUUAGGUGUGAGGAGUGCCGGAAGAAUUUCACCAACGAUGAAGGCAUUAAGCGUCAUAUAAAGGAGUUCCAUGCUACAGAAGAAGAACGCAAGUUCAAGUGUGACCGCUGUCCGAAAAGUUUCGUUGUGGAGCACAAGUACAAGAAACACAUGAACGAUCACUACGACUGGGAGAAUAAGAACUGCAAAUGCGAACAUUGUGGAAAAUACUACAAAUCACGGCAUAUUUUGACCAACCACAUCAAAUUAAAGCACACCGAACCGACUGAUUUCAUCUGUGAUAUUUGCGCUAAAGGUUUCCAUCUGCGGUCCCAAUUUCUGCUGCACAAGAUCGAACACCAGAAUCCGACCGAGCUGAAAAUGCAGUGCGAAAUUUGUCUACGAUGGCUAAAGAACCGCCCAAACUGGCGUCGGCACAUGCAGCAGCACGAGCAAGCCGAGGUAACGUGUGACAUUUGUGGGCACGUAUCACCCCACCAGCGGGCUCUGAUGGGUCACAAACGGCGACAGCACCGGGGCCGUGAGUAUCCCUGUACGCUGUGCCCGAAAACAUUCCGGAAGCCGAUUACGCUGCGGGAACAUGUCGCCGCCGUUCACACCGGUGACGUCCUGUACAGCUGUACGUUCUGUGACAAGACGUUCAACUCACACGCCAACAUGCACUCGCACAAGAAGAAAAUGCAUCCGGCCGAAUGGUGGCAGGAGCGGAAUGAGAAGUACUUUACGAAAUAGAAAGACGUUUGCCAAUGGUACCUUGCGAAAAAAGGUUAUUUUGAAUCCUAGCUAGUUCAAGGUAAAUAGAGUCCAAACGAGAUACGAUUGCGA